AUGAAGCAGUUUUAUAAGACUACCAAUGGACUUUUUACAUUUCAGCUCAACAUUGCACUGUCCAAACUCUCUGCUGGUCAAGUGACUAGACUUGGGCCAAUCCACUUGUUGGUGGUCAUUUUUUCCAACAAAGAAGCUUCCCCUAUCAUCAGCCACUACCACUAUAGGGAUAACACAGCUGACAUUCUCAAAAACAUCCCAGCACCACUGGACGUUUCAAACUUACAAGGUCAGCUGCUUAUUCUGGACUCAUCUGUUAAAAGAUACAUAUUUGCCAAAGAUCAGGUCAUAAGGAGCUGCCUUGAAUGUGAUCCCAAAUACUUUAAAGAUGUGAUUUGGCUACUGGAGGACCUGGUGCCCCAAAACAUUCCUGCAAGAACUGCUUUCCUUGAUCGGCAGCUCCAGGAGCUGAGGGACGUAAGCACCAAGGUCCACCAGGGGAAGAAGAGGCUGCGAGUGUUGGAUGUUCGCCAAGCUAUCAACGUGAGAGAAUGGUUGAAGGAGAAGCUCAAGAACCUAAAACAGAAGCCAUGGAAAGGGGUCUUCAUCUUCCAGGGUCAGCUUCUUCAACUUCGUCAGAACCUUGAGUCACAUCUGACUGAGACUUUGAAGGCCUUCUCUGAUCUUGCUUGUUCUGAAGACUGCAUGAUGACUGAGGGUCCUGUUCUUGACUGUUGGAACUGUCUACGAAUUACUACACCAUGCUUCAAAGGAGAGCUUUGUGGCGAUGAUGACCCAAAGACAGCUGAGCAACGAGGAAUUGCAUUGUUUCUAACAUUGAUGGUGGAGGCAGUGGGAUUGGGAUCUAUUGCUUCUCUGAUUUUGUUGCCGUCGAUGCUGUUUUCCUCUAGUUCACCAGGUUUAGAUCUUGAUAAAAAGGAAAUUAGAAAAGUUCAAACCAGUAGCCUGAAAGUGAUUCGAUGA